AUGACCAAUAACAUAAUUCCCCGACUUGUUGUGCAUAUGAGCAUCGGCGCGACAAUCCUCGGUACCUUCCCGAAUAAGAUCAUGCGCUCUGUCCGCAAUGAUGCCAUGUUGGAUAUGACUAGGUACAUAUCGCGUGGCACCCGUUUGGGGUCGUCGCUUGAAAGGGCCCACGACUCAUCAUACGAGACGACCGGGAGCCGAUACUCGGGACACGGCUUGCAGAUCGCGGCAAAGGCGUUCAAGGUCAAAGCAAAACUCUCAAAACGUCAUGAUAAAGUCUCAAUACGCCUCCAGGAUGUGGCGCUUCUAGGGUCUUGGCGUCCCCUCGAGUUCCUUUGGGAACGUUAG